AUGCAAACUCUGGUAGUCCUAUUGGCUCUGAUCGCAUGUGCAUGUGCACAACAUGGUCCUCCUCAUAGAUUACCAAAGAGGAGUAGUGUUCCACCGGCCGAUACUGCUCAGCGCACCAACAAAUCGUGUGCUUCUGAAAGUGCGUGUAACCAGCAGCGGCACAAGCAACCGGUGGAACACUACCCCUCUGAAAAACGUCAGGCUAAAAAGGCAUCAUCUAAAAACCUCAUUGACACACUAAUAGAAAUUUUAAGAAAGAACUAUGCCGAGGACCUCCCACCAGGCUUUGCGGACAUACUACCACCCGAUGUCGUCGCAAAGAUGAGGGCAGUUCAUCGGGAUGAAUCGCUGACAGGAGAGCAACAAAUGGAAAAAAUACAUGAAAUCAUGAACACCGUACCUGACUCUAUUCGUGAGAAACUGCCUAAACCGCCUGGCUUUGAUCGUCUUCCAGCUGCAACGAGAGCAGAAUUAGACAAGAUUCACCGAGACAAGACGCUUACCUUCCACCAGCGUCACGAGAAGAUAAAGAAGAUAUUUGAUGCGCUACCACCACAUCUUCGCCCGCCCCCACCACCACCACCUCCACCAACACUUUAG